AUGCACAUGAACUUCCUCCCCGCCCUCCUCUUCCUCGCCCGAGCCCUCGCCUCCCCCAUCGCCCAACGCGACGGCGAGCAGACGUGCGGCCAAAAGUCAGGCAAGCUCUCCGAAUGGACGCUCACGGGCUUCGACUACCACGCCAGCUACAUCUUCAGCACGCCCGCGCACCAAAACUCGUGGGGUUACAUCAGCUUCAACGUCUCCAACCCGGUCCUCGACUACACCGUCGCCUGCAGCGCCGCCAGCAACCGUCUCAGUGACUUUUUCUACGGCGAGCAGGUGUACCAGUGCGCGCCGCCCGAGGGGGAGAGCGCCGCGACGUCGUUUACGUGGAGUACGCCUGCCAAAGCUGUCGCGUUGAAUCAGUCGUGGACUUGCAAUGAUGAUCCCAAGUAUCCAGCCCGCUACACCGCAAAGGGCGGCGCCGUCGCCAAUCUCCAGUGCGACGAGACGUCUUGGCAAAACGACAACUGGACCAUUGGCCAGAUUUACUCUACGCGCAAUAUCAAAUGCGGCAUCAUCACGCUGCCCACCCCGAUCAAGGAGAUUUCCGCCGUCGCUUAG